AUGGCAAGAAUUCAUCAUGCACGCCCGCAGCAGCAGCAGGGUAUUAGUCGCGCUAUUGCGAUUGAGAAGACUCGUGCCGCUGUGAAGAAGAAGAAGCCUUAUAAGAUCGUACUUGAGGCCGUUACUCAAGAGAAGAAGAAACUACACUCUAUCCUGACAUACGCCUCAAACGCACCCCAAGGGUUUGGCUUCGUUCCCGCCGGACACCCAGAGAUUACCGAGUGGUGCAAAGAACAAUGUCGUCAGCGCAACCUAGACGUGCACAUUGUCUCGGCAAAACCUAAAAACAAGAUGCACGCCGAUCCUGAGAAAUUGUCGCACCAUGUACACCGUGUUGGGCACCAUUUCCCCCUUGACAUCAUCAAGCUCGCUUGCAGCAAGUUCGGUUACGAGUACGACGAAGACUCUGGUCUCCGCAAGACUAGAACGAGUGAUCGAGAGAACUGGAUGAUACAACAAGUUGAGAGCUACUCAACAAGGCAGGCGCUGCAUGGCCGCCCAACUACAGAGAAGGGCACGAAAGACCACAUCAGUGGUGCUGUUCGUGAAAUGUUCCCCAAGAUCCCCGAAGCGGACCUCUCGUCUAUUGUCAAUCAUGCUUUUGAAGAGGGUACAAAUCGAGUAGGUAACGCCAAAGAGCUCUCUUUGGCACGUCGAGUUCAACUUGCUGUUGUAGCACAUAUACGUCACACCUACACAGAUUAUGACAAAAUGCUCAAGACCGGCUCCUGGAUGGAAGCUAGACAAAAGGUUGAGCACGUGUCCCUCGCCAAGCUCAAGGAGUGGCGAGACGAGACUGGCGAACAAAGCAAUGAGAUUGAAGACACCUUCCGAGAAGUCAUCGUUCUCGAUGACGACGAGGAUGAAACGAGUGAUGGAGGUGAUACCCCUGAUGAGCGCGAGCAGAGCAUGGAAAUCGUCUCUAACCGAGUGACUGCCCACGACAUACAACUUGAACACCAUCCUCAAUAUCCGUCCGCCAGUGACUACGAAAGAAGGCGAGGACAUGGAAGGACAAUUUUUGUACAUCCCUACCCCCCACCAUCAUCUGCGCUUGGUUCUCAAGCUCCGCAAUAUCGUGCACCGAUGACACGGUCGGUCCAGACCCGUCAGCUAGCUCAACCUGAGCCAUUCUAUUCCGCUCACAGCAAACCCCCGAUCGAUUCGAGACACAGGCCAACAGUGUUCCAACCCGAACCGAGAAGAGCGCCGAACUUUAUGCGUGAUUCUGAUGGGCGGUUGUACGAAGUGAGUUUGGUAGAUCGUGCUUGGAAGCCCGAUAUCACAAUAAUCCUCACCCCCUACUCGUAAGCUAACCACCAAAGCUUCAACCCAUCGACGAACCACGUGCUCCCUCAAGGGUAGAGUAUGAUCCGCCAUAUCGUACCGCAGCCCGUUACACUCAAGAGGACCAUGUUCACUCUUCACCUCGUGUCAAUGCUUUUGACGCGCAAUAUAGCAGGCUUCCGCUUCCGCCAUCAAGGCGCGCCUCAGAACUGGAGACUGUUCUUCCGUCGGUAGAGCCUGCGACGGUCGAUCUCGUUUCACCUCCACGUCAUUUUUCUGAUCGCAAUGAUGUUGCCAGGGAGUAUGAUGACCAUCAAUCGUCUAAGCAAAAAGAGCUUCCCCCGGUUCCAUACUCCAGGGAUGUACUACAUGAACACACCGUCAAGCGAAAGAGACCUUCCAUGCACGACCAAGAGGUCUUCCCAAGGCCUGGUCCAACACAGUCCGCUGAACAUUCCCAUAUGCGGAUGCAUCCAUCAACGGAGCCUCGUAGCCGGCAUAGAGCGCACCCUUCGCAGGAAGUUGUUGAUCUAACAUCUAGCCCACGUCCACCGCCACCUGGCGUAGCUGGUGGUCGUUAUGUCAAUGCCCAAGGACGCCCGACUGCCGGUCCGAGCAACCGUCCUUAUAUUCCGGAAGUACAACGUCGUUGCUCACCUGAGGUGAGGAACGGAUAUCAUGAUUACCCUGUUGGAGCACAACCCUAUGCUUACAGACCUGAUUCUGACAGGAUGUAUCAGAGGCGUCCUCCACCAGCGCAUGACUAUGUUUCUUUAAGAAGAUGA